AUGAGCGGACACCCGGAGCUCCAGGCUGCGAGGACAGUGCGCUCCUCGUCCCUCCCGGUGUCACCGACUUCACCGCCCAUGUCCCAGUAUGCUUCCCGCUCAGACUCUAAGGGAGCUUUGGACAGCAGCAGCCCAGAAGCCAACACGGAAGAUGACAAAACUGAGCAGGACAUGCCUCCGCCUCAGAACUAUCUGUGGCUCACCAUUGUCUCCUGCUUUUGCCCAGCGUACCCGGUCAACAUCGUGGCUUUAGUCUUCUCCAUCAUGUCUCUGAACAGCUACAAUGAUGGAGAUUACGAAGGAGCCAGGAGGCUGGGGAGGAAUGCCAAGUGGGUGGCCAUUGCCUCCAUCAUCAUUGGCCUCGUCAUCAUCGGGGUGUCCUGUGCCGUGCACUUCUCCAGGAGGUAUUCCAAGACCCAGGCUGUCAAUAACUCCGCUGUAUUAUAG